CUCCGCUACACGCAUCCAAAAGUCACUAACCCUAGUAGUGUCCUUUAUUCCUCGUUGUUUUAGUUUUAUUUGACACUGGUUUCCAAUUCCGGAUCCAAACAGACCCUUGCAUAUAAACCACAUAAACCAGUCUUCGCAUCUAAAGAUCCAUCUUCUCCAUCGUUGACCCUCUCUCUUUCUCUAUCUCCGUCUCAUCCUCUCUCCAAUGGCGGAUCCAAUGAUGAAGGCACUCACCGCUAUAGCUCUGAUAGCAUCGCUGUUGGUGUGUUCCUCACUUGCUUCCUCCGACGUCCCUUUCAUCGUCGCGCACAAGAAGGCCACGCUCAACAGGAUCAAUUCCGGUGCUGAGAGGGUUUCCGUCACCAUCGAUAUCUAUAACCAAGGAACCUCGACUGCAUAUGAUGUAAGUCUAACAGAUGAUGGCUGGCCAAGUGAUAAAUUUAGUGUAAUCAGUGGUAGCACCACAAAGUCAUGGGAGAAGCUUGAUGCUGGUGGCAUCCUCUCCCACACUUUUGAGCUUGAGACAAAUACAAAGGGAGUAUUUGCUGGCGAACCAGCUGUCAUAAAAUUCCGUGUUCCCACAAAGGCCGCUUUACAGGAGGCAUUAUCAACUCCCAUAUUGCCCUUGGAUGUUCUUGCUGAUAGACCUCCUGAGCAGAAGUUUGAAUGGGCUAAGAGGUUGCUGGCUAAGUAUGGAUCUCUUAUCUCGGUGAUAUCCAUCAUUGUUCUGUUUGUGUAUCUGGUUGCUACACCAUCAAAGUCCAGCACAAAAGGAAGCAAGAAGAGGCGUUAAUCAUCGAAGAUUAGGACAUCUUGCAAUCGGAAAAUUGAAAGGGUGUAGAGCAUGACAUUCUGUCAGUGGUCAGUAUUUCCGUAGUUAGAUCAAAAUGAUGUUGGAAUUUGUCGAAUGGAUUCAGAUGUUAGCGAGAGAACUAAUUUUGUUUACGGCAUAGCCUGAAUAGUUGUUUUUUUUUCAGUUCCCACUGUAUGGGAUGGAUGUUAGCAAGCAAAGUUGUAUUUACUGAUCAUGAUAUCUGGAAAGCUGUUUUUGGUUUGAAUGCCAUAUAUUUAGAACUCUCCAUGGAUGAAUCAUAGGCCACAGUAUGAAAAUCAAUUAUUUCCAAUGGCCUUUUUCAUCCUUCCCUCUAGUCUA